AGGACCAAAUGGCGGCUGGUGUUGCACCCUCCUCUUUUGUGUCUAAUUUGCUUGAAGAGUCAAAUUUGACUGCUCACGAGGAACAUGUCAUCAAGUGGUCAGCUGCGUCCCUGUAUUCUGGUGGUGCGGAUACGACUGUUUCUGCAAUAUACUCGUUUUUCCUCGCCAUGAUAUUAUAUCCCGAAGUGCAAAAGAAGGCUCAAGCAGAAAUUGAUGCCGUCGUUGGCAGUAAUAGAUUACCUACUCUGGCUGAUCGCGCCUUCCUCCCAUACGUCGAGGCCUUGGCAAAGGAAGUCGUGCGUUGGCACGUAGUGGCACCUUUGACCUUCCAACACGUUGCGAUGGAGGACGGCAUCCAUAACGGAUAUCUCAUACCAAAAGGGUCCUGUGUUUUAGCCAAUAUCUGGGGAAUACUCCACGACAAAGAAACCUACAAGGAGCCUCAUCUAUUUAAACCAGAAAGAUUCUUAGGGGAUCAUCCCGAGCUUGAUCCACGAACUGUUUCAUUUGGAUAUGGACGACGGAUCUGUCCAGGUAUUCAACUUGCGGACUCUUCGGUUUUUAUCUCGUGUGCGAUGUCUCUUGCGGUCUUCAACAUGACAAAAUGGGUUGAGAACGGAGUAGAAAUCACUCCCAGUGCCGAGGACCUUCCUGGCACCAUCUUGCACCCGGCGCUGUUCAAGUGCACAAUCACGCUUCGUUCUCCAGAGGCUGAAGCUUUGGUUCUUGAAACGCCUGAAUAUUAACAUAACAUGAUCGAUUUGGUAUACAUUUUCCCCUGGAGUCCUCUCAUAAUAACGAUUAGUAUCCGUUAUAUACACAGUGUUGUAGUUAAGGUCGUGUUAUUUACAUAUUGUCUUUCUCGCUCUAUAGUAGUACUCCAAGUUUGAGGUUAGGGUU